GCGACUCGGAAGAAAAAGCAGCAGAACCCAAUGCAGCCUGUAGCCCAUUCAAAGGCCUACUGUUGGACCUCUGCUUAUUUUGCAAUACGUCUUUAGUACGGACUGAAAAAUGUCCGAUUUCGAUGAGUUUGAGAAGCAGUUAAGCGAAAAUCGGCAAGCUGCCGCAGGAUCCCCGAAAACUGACCGCUUUGAGCGGGAGAAGGAGCGACACAAGAAGCGUAGCCGCAGCCGGUCUCUGAGCCGUGGCGAGAAGCACCGCCGCUGGAGCAAGGACUCCAGGGGGCGGAGUCACGAGAAGCGCAGCAGCAGCCGCGACCGCAAGGGUCGUGACCGACGGAGCAGCUCACGCGAGCACAAGAAGCACAGCUACUCUCCUCGGAGAAGCCGUAAGAAAAGGACAUACAAGUACUGGGAUGUUCCCCCUCCGGGAUUCGAGCACAUCACCCCCAUGCAGUACAAGGCAAUGCAAGCUGCAGGGCAGAUCCCCACGAUAGCUUUACUGGCAACAUCCACCACCAGCGGCGUGGCAGUGACGCCCACCCAGGUGCCGAUGGUCGGCAGCCAGAUGACCCGGCAGGCCAGGCGGCUUUAUGUCGGCAACAUCCCCUUCGGCCUGACGGAGGAGGCCAUGGCGGAUUUCUUCAAUACCCAGAUGCGAUUGGCUGGCUUAUGUCAAGGUCCCACCAAUCCCGUCCUCGCUGUUCAGAUAAACCAGGACAAGAACUUUGCCUUCCUUGAAUUUCGGUCCGUGGAUGAGACCACGCAGGCAAUGGCCUUCGACGGCAUCAUUUUCCAGGGUCAGUCGUUAAAAAUCAGGCGGCCCCACGACUAUCGCCCCCUGCCUGGCAUCUCAGAGCAGCCCGCCUUCCACGUACCAGGGGUCGUCUCCACCGUGGUUCCAGACUCGCCACACAAGCUCUUUGUCGGAGGCCUGCCCAACUAUCUCAGUGACGAUCAGGUGAAGGAACUCUUGACGUCGUUCGGACCUCUUAAGGCCUUCAACCUUGUGAAGGACAGUGCCACGUCACUGUCUAAGGGUUAUGCUUUCUGUGAAUACGUGGACAUCAGUGCCACUGACCAGGCCGUGGCUGGACUCAAUGGCAUGCAGCUCGGAGACAAGAAGCUCAUCGUCCAGCGGGCAAGCGUGGGGGCUAAGAAUGCCAACGCUACGGCCAUCAUCGAGACGCCGGUGACGCUGCAGGUUCCAGGGCUGCAGCGGCUGCAGAGCUCCGGCAUGCCCACGGAGGUGCUGUGCCUCCUCAACAUGGUCAUGCCCGAGGAGCUGGUGGACGACGAGGACUACGAGGAGAUCCUGGAGGACAUCCGGGAGGAGUGUUGCAAGUACGGCAACGUGCGCUCCAUCGAGAUUCCGCGGCCCGUCGAUGGCGUGGAGGUGCCUGGCUGUGGCAAGGUGGGACCCGUACUCUCCUGUACCAGUGGCAAAAAGAAGACCUCUGUAGGCACUAAACACAGGCUCAUGGGAGCAUUUCUUGCACAAAAGUGUUUUGAAAACGGAAUAAUUUUUUGUGUAAGAAAAACAAUCUGAUUGGUUCAGAUAGGCGACGGACAAUCUGAUUGGUUCAGAUAGGCGACGGACAAUCUGAUUGGUUCAGAUAGGCGACGGACAAUCUGAUUGGUUCAGAUAGGCGACGGACAAUCUGAUUGGUUCAGAUAGGCGACGGACAAUCUGAUUGGUUCAGAUAGGCGACGGACAAUCUGAUUGGUUCAGAUAGGCGACGGACAAUCUGAUUGGUUCAGAUAGGCGACGGACAAUCUGAUUGGUUCAGAUAGGCGACGGACAAUCUGAUUGGUUCAGAUAGGCGACGGACAAUCUGAUUGGUUCAGAUAGGCGACGGACAAUCUGAUUGGUUCAGAUAGGCGACGGACAAUCUGAUUGGUUCAGAUAGGCGACGGACAAUCUGAUUGGUUCAGAUAGGCGACGGACAAUCUGAUUGGUUCAGAUAGGCGACGGACAAUCUGAUUGGUUCAGAUAGGCGACGGACAAUCUGAUUGGUUCAGAUAGGCGACGGACAAUCUGAUUGGUUC